GCCUUCCCUCACAACAACAGGCCAACAACACUAACCUUCGCUUCUGCACAUAACUGCAACAUAGUCUCUCUGCUCUCGUGCAGAAUAAUCGGUUAUUGAACUAGAUGCGCGCCCGACAUGUAGCCCAUGCGCUCGCGAGCUUCCCCGUCUAUUCCGCUGCGUUUCUCUCGCCGUAUGAGCUCGUUCUCGGCGGCGGAGGUGGUACGACGAAGAGUGGUAUCAAGAAUAAGUUGAGGCUCUACGCGAUGGAUGAGACUCUCAACCUGAAGCUCGUAGACGAGACCGAACUCGGGAGUGGCGAGGACGCGCCGAUGAGCAUGGCUGCACAUCCAGAGGAACGGAAAGUGGUGUGUGGCGUGAAUAGCGCGGUGGACAAGGUCCAGAAGGGGGAGAAUCAGAACUGUCGGUUUUAUAAUAUCGAGCGGAUGAGGUUGAAGUUUGACACUAUGCGCGGAACACUGAGUAUGAAAGACGAGGAGGACUACCAACGUGUCACCGCAUUCUCUCCAGAUGGUCGUUACCUCGCUGUGGCGGGUACACAAGAAUUGACGGUAUUCACCUUCCCUGAGCUCAAACCUACAUCAAUCCGCCUAGACAAAGGCGAAAUCUACGACGUCUCCUUCUCAGAUUCCUUACUCGUAGUCACUACAAAGCUCAACCUUCUAGUCUACUCCCUCCCCUCAUCUCCGUCCCCUCCUUCAUCAAACUCCGAAAAAGGCAAAUCCAAAGAAACCUCCACCUCCUCGGACGCCGACCCAGCACCCUACACCCUCCUCCUCACCAUCGCCUCCCCCAAACUCCCCGGUGCCGGCCCCGACGCCAUCGCUUCCUUCCGCGCCUCCGCCUUUCACCCUCUCGAGCCCCGCGUAUUCUACACCGUCCUGAACGCGACAUUACCGAGGAAGAAGGGAGUGAAGACGGCACCGAAGAGGGCGUAUAUCGUGAAGUGGCAUGUGAAUGCGGAUGGGUGGAAGGCGGAUAGGGUGAGGAAGGUGGGAGACAAGGGGGUUGCGUCGUUUGAUAUCAGUCCGAACGGUAAAUGGAUAGCAUUCGGUUCGUCGGAUUGUUCAGUCGGUGUAUUGGACUCUUGGACACUAGUCCCUCUCCUAACGAUCCUCAAAGCCCACGAACUCCCCUCAACAAUGCUCCGUUUCAACCCAAGCUCGAGUCUUCUCGUCUCAGGAAGCGCGGACAGCACGGUGCGCGUAGUCUCGAUACCGAACGGACUCGGGGAUUCAUCUUGGCCGACGGUGUUGAUCGUGAUUAUGGGUGUAUUUGCGGUGUUGUUCGCGAUUGUGUUGCAGAUGUAUAUUGCUGGUGUUCUUUGAACUGCAGGGAGCAAGGAUUUUUAUUAUUUGGAUCGCUGUCUGCUCGGGUAGCUUUGUUUUUCUUUUCGGUCCUGUGGUCGGGGGUCGGCGUUUUAUA